UCAACACCUUUGAGAACAGAAUGUUAAUGCUUGAUGGGAUGCCGGCAGUCAGAGUCAAAACAGAGCUGUUGGAAUCUGAACAAGGGUCUCCAAACGUCCACAACUACCCGGAUAUGGAAGCUGUUCCCCUCUUGUUAAAUAACAUGAAAACGGAACCCCCGGAGGACUCGUUAUCCACAGAUCACUUCCAAACACAAACUGAGCCAGUGGACUUGUCCAUAAACAAAGCCAGGACAUCCCCUACAGCAGUUUCAUCCUCCCCAGUUUCCAUGACAGCCUCUGCCUCCUCUCCUUCCUCUACGUCAACUUCAUCAUCGUCUUCUAGUCGUCCAGCCUCAUCCCCAACUGUUAUCACGUCAGUAUCUUCAGCAUCAUCUGCGCCAACAGUAUUAACUCCAGGGCCUCUUGUGGCCUCUGCAUCUGGUGUGGGAGGCCAGCAGUUUUUGCACAUUAUCCAUCCAGUACCACCUUCAAGCCCCAUGAAUUUACAGUCUAACAAACUGAGUCAUGUUCACCGCAUCCCAGUGGUGGUACAGUCGGUGCCUGUUGUCUAUACGGCAGUGCGGUCACCUGGGAAUAUGAACAACACUAUAGUAGUGCCGUUGCUGGAGGAUGGGAGAAGCCAUGUCAAAGCACAAAUGGACCCCCGAGGCCUAUCUCCCAGACAAAUUAAAAGUGACAGUGAUGAUGAUGACCUGCCAAAUGUGACCUUAGAUAGCGUUAAUGAAACUGGAUCUACAGCCCUUUCCAUAGCCAGAGCAGUACAAGAUUCAAUUUCACCCUUCAGUAUUGAGAGCACAAGACGCCAGAGACGGUCUGAGUCUCCAGACUCCAGGAAACGGCGUAUCCACAGAUGCGAUUUUGAGGGAUGCAACAAAGUGUAUACGAAGAGUUCUCACUUGAAGGCCCAUCGGAGGACGCACACAGGAGAAAAACCAUACAAAUGUACCUGGGAAGGCUGUACCUGGAAGUUUGCUCGUUCGGAUGAACUGACCAGGCAUUACCGCAAACACACGGGAGUGAAGCCAUUCAAGUGCGCAGACUGUGAUCGAAGUUUUUCCCGGUCAGAUCACUUGGCACUGCACCGUCGGAGGCAUAUGCUGGUUUGAGGCAUGAGACCUGUCCAGCGGAGCAGAGCGUAAGAGCUGGGUCUCUUAGCUACACCCCAUUCAGCAGGGCUGAAUCCCCAUCGCAGUGUUAACACAAAAAGGGCAUCCUCAUCCCACGAUGUCUGAAACCAGAGCAGGAAAACGGAAUGGUACUUUUCUCCUCUCUAUCUGAAGGUAACCCUACCAUGGCUACACAAGCAGCAUUCUCAUGCUGGCCCGGAGAUGAGUGACUCGGAUGCUUGAAGAGACAGGCAUUGUUUUUCCAUGCUGUGUCCUCUACUGUUUAAAGAUGUUUGUAGCUUAAACAUUUUCUCAGCUGUAAGACAUUUUCUUAUUGAUAUUUUAAAAAUCAGUUACCACAAAUCGAUGGCAAAGAGCAAGACCUUUUUAACUUGGAUUAUUAUCCCCAAUCCUCCCCACCCCCUUUUUUUGGAUUACCAUCUAGGUAAUGUAGAAAACAUGCCUAAUUUAUGUUACCAGCAAGCUGCAUGAAAAUAGAUGAGAAGAAUCUAUUGGAGAGGUUCCAUUACCUGAAAAUCAAGGGGCACUCCAGCAGACUUUUGCGGUAGUGAUGGUGGCACUAGAGAUCACACACAACUUGUCAUUAUGCCAUGCCCUUAAGGAAACCGACAUUUAAUCUCUCAUGUGUUUGUUGUUGUUCGUUCUUUGUUUCAUUUUGAUUCUGUUUUGUCCGUCAGCUAAAACAAAAAGGGGACAAACUGUGUUUCAUUUGAGGUCCAGUCCAAGUGUCUACUCUGACAUGGACUAGUAUAGAAAUGGUUUAGGGUUGUAUAGGAAGAGCCUUUUCUUUAAAAAACAAAAACAAAGCAAAACAAACAAACAAAAAAAACUACUGCCCUGUUUCAUAGUGAAGUUUUCUGUCACCUAGGCAUCAUCUCUUCCAACCCCUAGUAUUUGAUUACAAGGAAUCAGGAAAAGAAACUUUCUUAGACACACUGGCACCAAGGUGUAAGAGGUGUGGCUGUCCAAGCAAAGUCAGUGAACAUGAAAAAUCAGACAAAGUGGAGAAGGAAAUAAUGCGCCUCUUGAGGAGAAAAGCAAUAAUGAAUAAAAGGUCUUUCCUACAAUAAUUUCACUGAGGACUCACAUUACCAAUUUUCAUACUUACUAAAAGAAUUGUUUAAACACACACACACACACACACACAGAGUUUUUCUGAUGUCUUGGUUACUUUCACAAUGUUGAAGUAAUCUUUCUGUCGUUUGCUGUCCUGCUCCAGGGGGUGACAGAGUUAAAGAUUGUGCUCCCCUUUUCACGUUUUAGACUUCACUUGAUGGCUAGAAAGCUGAGGCAGGUGGUACAGAGGGGAAGGAACCCCUACCUUACCAGGUCAGCUCUCCUUGGAAUGAAAUGAGUAGAAAGAGAAUGCUCCCAGAGGAGAGACUGAAAUGGUGCUAGUUUCUACUCUUGGAAAGCAGAGAAGAGAGUAGCCCAUGGGCUCUUCUCUACAGGUUUUUGUUUUUAGAACUAUAUUUAGGCUCAGUGGUGCCUCACUGGCUUUUGCAGGUAUGCUCAAUCCAGACUUCUGCAUCAAGGAUAAGAAAAAAUUAUUACUUCUCCUCCAACUCUCCCCACCCCCCAAAAAACUAUGAGCUUAUCUGUAAUGAAUCAAGUCUGUGAUAAAUAAAGCAAUAUGUUACCAACAAACAUCCUUUUAAAAAGAAUAAUUUCCUCUCUUUCACUCAGAGUGGAGGUUUUCCUCCCCCAUUUCAAUAUGGUAGAAGGAGUUUGGUGAGUUAUUUUUAUUUGUUCAAGUUUUUUAUAGCUUAGCUAUAAAGGGUCUCCAGAAAGACCUUUGCAAUAUAUUUUAAUUAUGAAAACUUGGAUUUGGGAAAGGCACAAAUUAACCUCACAAUGCUCCUAGCUCAUUUUUAAGUGUUUGAACAGUCUGAAAUAACUUUGGUUACUGAAGUAGCCUUGUUUGGGAUUAUCUUUAAAUCUCCGUAGUCUUGUUCUGAGAAGUGACUGUUGAAGCAGGAACUAGGGACAUUGAAUGAAACAAGUGAGAUUUGUCUCUGAUAGUAUUAAAAGUAUUUGAAAUAACACUGAAAUAAUAGUGUAACAGUUUUCAGGUUAAAAGCUUAGUAUAAAUCUAUGCUCUACAUUGUCUGCCAAUUUUUCAGUAGAAAAAUUGAGCAACUCCAAACCACCUCAGACUAGGGCUGCAGCCUUGCACUGGGUGUUACGUCCUAGAAAGUUUUUCUAUCUUUUACUGUGUGCGACUCCCCACCCCCCACUGCCCAACUUCUCCAAGUCCGUGUCUAUUCUUAAUAGGAAAUAAUUGACAAUUUGGAUGAGUUAACUACUAAUCAAGAGAACAGAGGGUAAUAAAACAUACAUUCAUACCUCCCUUGCUGCCACCAUCCCUGACCCCCACCUCCCAAAAUGUCGAUUGACUUCAUGAUGGCUUCUUCUCAGAAAGGCCCAUCCACUUAAUCUUUCUCAAGCAACAUUCUUCAGUGGUUAUAGGUAGUCUUGGGUUUAAGAUAUAUAAAAGCAAUAGGCCCAGUAUUUAGGAGGCCCUUGAGAUAUAUAGCUAGAUUUAGAUUCAGCACAGAUCUAAAUGACUUUUUCUUAUAAAAUUGGAAAAGGGGAGUGAGGGAAGAAUAUUUUUUCAUCCCCAGCAAGUGAAAGCCAGACCUGAACAGUAAGCUAAAAGAUAAGGCCUGUUGCUGUUCCCCCAUCUCCCCUUUAACGUAUCAUUACAUCCAGUAGUUUUAAAAAAAAAUGGAAUCAAGCACAAAUAAAGAAAUGAGUCACUUUAAUAAUCAAAAAAUAUUUAGAUCAAAAUUUAGGAACUGGAAUUUAUUUUGGGCAAGCAAGGUGCGUAAUGCACCUUCAGGUGCAUUAUAAGGGCAAGCAACUUAUUUAACCUUAGUGAGCUUUCUGAAUUCAUCAUGGGUAUUUUGUUGCCACAAAAAUCAACAGCAGAGUGAUUUGGAAUGGAAGAACUCUUUUUUCCCCAAGUACAGCUAGCUUUGCAGAAAUGGAAAGGCCUCCAUUUUCUCUCAGCACCCAUUUACUACUUCAGUUAUAAGCACAGUACAUAGUGAAUAACAGAGAAAAAGGUGGAGCUCUAGGAAAUUUUAUGGUCUUCCUCCCUGAAGCAUUUUUUCCUUUAAAAGUUGAAGCUGUGUGUGCACAUACAUGAAUGCAGGUGACCUUUCCCACUCUUUCUUUAAUUGCUUUUAAAUCUAAGAUUGCUGCAGAAUAUCUGAGCUCCAUCCCUUUGCAUGCCUGUAGAUCUCCAGAACUUCGUGGGAAUUAGAGUAGUGUCAAGGUUAAGGAGUUCAAUCUUUUACAUUUUAAUAGACUCUCCUUUCAUAUACUGUUCUUAUUUGAGAAAAAGUUUACUUUUUUUUUGUCUUGUUUUGCUUUCAUCCCCAUCAGUCACACAUAAACCUUGGAUCCUCCUUGUAACUUGCUACAAAUUCCCUGAAGGCUAUUAAGACAGAAAUCUCCAAAGGCAUACACCCUAAAGCUUAGGCAGCCAUGUCUGGCAUCAGUUUUAGGAAACACUAUAGAAUAGUUGUUUUCAAAAGCAGUUGAAUAACAAUAAGGUAAACCACACCAUUUUUUUUUGAACAAGGGCACUUUUUUAUUCACUUUAAAGUUUAAGAGGUAGAUAGGAAGAUGAUUGUCUGCAAAAGAACCAAGGAAAUGCCACAGUAUUUACAAGUGCCAGCUUCCAGAUGAUUAGAAAGAUCAUUUCUCGUGGUUGAAAAAGUCUAAGAGUCAAUAGCUUUUGGGGAGAAAAAUACACUCACACAAUAACUUAGUGUUCUGUUUUUGAAUAGAAGAAUCAAAAAAAAACUUUGAAUUGCCAUUUCUUUUAUAAAUCAAAGCUUUUCUGCACUUUGAAUAUCAACUCAUUACAGUGACAAUUUCAACAGGGAUAAAGAUGCAGUACUCCUUAUUCUGUAUUUUAUUAUGCUUACCAAAGGUGCAGUUGAAUAAAUCUGGUAAGUAGAGGCCUUCGAUUGUAUUGUGUACUCCUAUUAAUCAUGGUUUCAGCUGCUUAGAGAUGUGGCUGCAAUAAUGGUGUUUACAGUAGCUUACCAUUUAAAGUAAGAAAGUGGCAGAGUUGACCAGUGUUAAGAAUACCAGCAUUCAUAUUGUAGGGAGGGUUAAAUUCUGAUGUCAAAGGACUAAAAAUGAGGUGAUUUAUGAAUAUGAAUGGGUAUCAAAAGUCUAAUGCCCGUUUCUCAUGGUCCAUUCUCAGAAUUUACCCCCAUAAUAAUUCUUGUAAAUUUAGUGUACUUGUAAAUUUUAGUGUACUAAAUUUAAAGUGUACUUUCUUACUAAAUCUUUAGUGGGAAGAAAAAAAAAUCUCCCUUAGUUUCAUGGGGGUUAGUGCAUACAAUUUGAAAACAUCCCUUUCCAACAUGAUUUGUUUAUUUUUAUGUAUAAAGAGGCCAAUGAGCUACAUCUCCUCAUUCUGUUAUCGGUAUCACCAUGCCUGCCUCUCUAUAGAAAUGCCCCUAAUAAAUGCACAUGAAUAUACUUUUCUAUACAUGUAGCCAGUGGCAUAUCCAUAUGUUCAUGGAUACAUAUUCUUACAUGAUAGCCAACCAAGAAAAAAGAUUUUUAAAGGAAGAUUUUGUAAUACUCCAUGCUGUCUGGAAAAAUAAAUUAUUUACCUUACUAGGAAAUCAGCUUCUGUUGCUGUAUAUGACUUUGCCUGCAUUUUAUAGCUUAAAAAUGUACAUAACAAAUUAAAACAGCUAUUUUUCACAGUUUCAUUAUAGAAUAAUAUGUAUGUUUAGCAGCUCAUGCCCAUUGGUACUUUAAAUAUGUUAAAUAUUGAACAGUUUCGAUAAAAAUUCAAUUUUU